AUGGCGGCAAGCGAUUCCGGCCAGUUGACACGUCGUCGCCUCUUCGUAACGGAUCACGAUACGAGAGUCAGUUUCCUAAUCGACACGGGAGCUGAUCUUUGUGUCUAUUUGCGGAGGAUGGUACGUGGUCCGCGACAAAAAUCGAAUUACGAACUGUCGGCCGCGAACAGAACAAUUAUCCAUACAUAUGGCACAGAAUCUCUGAGGCUGAACUUCGGAUUGCGACGAUUUUUUGUGUGGCGUUUUGUCGUGGCGGAUGUAUCCAGGCCCAUUAUCGGGACUGUUUUUUUUUUAUUCUAUGGACUGCUGGUAGAUCUGAGAAAUGGUCGACUCGUGGAUGGCAUGACGAGUCUGACAGUGCAAGGACGUUGUUCACAAUGCGAGAUUCCGAGUAUUAAAACGGUAACCGGAACAACUCCGUAUCACGAAUUGCUGAUGCAAUACCCUGACGUGACGAGACCAAAAGGGCGGCUAAGAGAGACCAAGCAUGUUACGCGGAAUUUUAUCAAAACGACGCUGGGUCCGCCGGUGGUCGGUCAGCCACGAAGACUCGCUGGAGUGGUUGACAGCCGCAAAAAAAGAAUUCCAGAAGAUGAUGGAACUCGAAAUUGUACAAUCAUCUAA